UGAAGAGAUGACGUAAUGAAGAGUCUCCAUUCCCAACCUAGGACAACACUGUGGGAGAACAAAACUUUGGCGAAGUCGGAUUUAGGAUUUCAGAAAGUUACUUAAAGUGUUUUGCCGCCUUCUUUGGUGAUUUUAAGGUGCAAUACGUGACCCAGAUGUGGAAUUAUUGAUGGAUUCACGGUAUGACAUUCAGCGAAGGGCCGGUGGAAGUGGCUUUAGCGGGGGCUCCACCAAUGCAUCCCCCGCUCUCACCGGAGCGCAGUCUCGGCGCAAGAAGAUGCCGCCUAGACCGGCCGACUAUAAACUUCAAAUUAUCAUCAUUGGCUCCAGGGGUGUUGGGAAGACCAGCCUAAUGGAAAGGUUCACUGAUGACACAUUUUGUGAAGCCUGCAAGUCAACUGUUGGGGUGGACUUCAAGAUCAAAACGGUGGAACUGCGCGGGAAGAAGAUCCGUCUGCAGAUCUGGGACACAGCGGGACAGGAGCGGUUCAACAGCAUCACGUCGGCUUACUACCGAGGAGCCAAGGGGAUCGUGCUGGUCUACGACAUCACCAAGCAGGAGACCUUUGAAGACCUGCCCAAGUGGAUGAAGAUGAUUGACAAGUAUGCUUCAGAGGAAGCUGAGCUUCUGCUGGUGGGGAACAAGCUGGAUUGCGAGACGGACAGGGCCAUCACUCGACAGCAGGGAGAGAGGUUUUGCUCCAGGAUAUCUGGCAUGCGCUUCUGUGAGUCGAGUGCCAAGGACAACUUCAACGUGGAUGAGAUCUUCCACAAGCUAGUUGACGACAUCCUCAACAAAAUGCCCCUGGAGGUCUCCAGUAAAGAGCUCUCCAACAGCGUCCUCUCUCUGCAGCCUGAGCCUGAGAUCCCUCCUGAGCUGUCCCCCCCUCGAGCACGCUGCUGCUGAAGCCCUUUACCCCCAUUUCAACUUCCCCCAUAUACCCCACACACACACACACCACACACACACACACACACCACACACACACACACACAUGCCCUAUGUUACUCCUGACACUGUUGCGUCAUCAUGGUCUCGAACGUCCUGAUGUUCCCCUUCAAGUCUCACCCUGACCUUGACAUUGAUCUUGUCCCUCCACCUUUGACCCUGUGACUAAGACUACCCCCAGUCUUCUGCUUUGUCCCUUGCCAGCUUCUGGCUCGUGAAUGAAGUCCACAGGUCUGACCAGCAGAGGGCCACAGCCUCCCAGUCACGCUCUUCUCCACCUGCAUAAUCACACACAACCAUGCAAACACUCAC